AAUUUCGAAAGGAUUCUUUAUCCAUCAGCCAUUUAUAAAUAUGCCUCGAGACUUUAACCAUGGCGUGCUGGUAUAGUGCUGCUUCUUCCUCCGGCUCCGCCUUCUACCUUUCCUACUUCCUUCUUCCUUCGGCUGUUAAUUAUUCGAUCGAGGUAGAGGCAGAGACAGAGUCAAUGGAAGAACAGAGGCGGUUCUCUUCGUUGUCCGAACUCUGCUCUCAAACUCCUGCAGCGUCGACGGUGGGGGAGGGGAGCAGGAGGAGGCGGCGGCCGCGGAGGAAGAGAUCAUCGGAGAAUGAUGAGGCGAAGAAGAGGCGGCUGAGCGAUGUGCAGGUGAAGUUUUUAGAGAUGAGCUUCCAGAAGGAGAGGAAGCUGGAGUCGGGGCGGAAGGUGCACCUCGCCGCCGAGCUCGGCCUCGACCCCAAGCAGGUCGCCGUCUGGUUCCAGAACCGCCGCGCGCGCCACAAGAACAAGCAGGUGGAGGAGGCCUACGCCGAGCUCAAGUCCGCCCACGACGCCGUCGUCCUCCAAAAAUGCCUCCUUGAAUCCCAAGUGUUAAAUUUGAGGGAGCAGCUUUUUGAGGCGAAGGAGGAGAAAAGGAAGCUGUCGUUGGGGAUCAACGGAGGAGCUUCCGGCCUCAGCAACGUCACCGCCGCAGGCGGCGGCAGCAGCAGCCCGAGCUCAUCCUUCUCGGUCGUCGGAGAGCUCGGCUUGGAAGGAGGAGAAGGCGACUUCGUGUACGCGCACCAGCAGGAGCAUGACUUCAACAAGUACAUGAUGGAGUGGGCAAACUUUUACGGUGUUUAAUUAAUUAAGUACAUGUCUAAUCUGUCAAUUAUUGCUAUUAUUAAGGCCAUAAUCUACCCUUGUAGAUUAAUCAAUCUCUCUAAACUCUGCUAAAUCAUUUCACUCCACAGUGAUAGGAAUUCCUAGUGCAUUAGCUAGUACGGCUGCUAUGUUCUGUGCCUGUACUCUUCAUCUCCUUUAAAGUUGUAGAAAAGUGGAUUAAUUA